UCCUCCUCCACCACCUCCUCCUCUUCCUCCUCUCCCCACAACCCUCCCCCCACCAGACCUUGGAAAUUCUCCAAACCGCCGUUUUAAAUUGGCCACGCCCCCUCGCCCACUGGUCACUGCUCAAGCUUUGCAAGGCGUCAAGCUUCGCUCCGUCAAGAACCAGGAAGCCCUGCUCACGAGCAUAAUGCUAGCCAGUGUGACAUCAGGGGAUGCUACACUCCAAGCUAACGCUAACCGUGCUAAUACUAUCAAUGAUCUACCAGGCAAAGAGGCUCGUGCAGACAGUGCUUUGCUGGCUAAUGCUAAUCUUGAUGACUGGGCCAAAAGUGUCUGUGAUCUAGGUAGCAAUGAAGCUAACAUAACUAGUGCUUUAAUGGCUAAUCCUAGCCUUCAUAGCACAGCCAGCGCUGAUGCAAAGCAACCUGGAUGGAAAAUAGCAAUAGAAAGUGAUGCGAGGACACCCAGCGAUGACUCGGUGUAUGCUAAUCUUCAGAGCCUACGAGGCAUUGUUGCCAGCCCAGCUAACCAGAGACACUCUGGGUCUAAGCUGACCAAUGGUGAAACUCCUCAAGACAUCCGGUACAAUGAGCGAGACAAGGAAGAUUCAAACAUGUAUGUUACACUGGAAAACAAUCCAGCCUCCAGUCCUGAUAGUCCCUGGGUCCGAAUGUCUCAUGAUGCUGACAUCAACACAAGUAUCCAGUAUCCUUCUUCGCAGCAACAAGAAGUCACAGAUACAAUGUCAGCAGAUGCUAAACUAACUGAGCCGGCAAAGAAGCUGGAAAACCCUGAGGAUGUUUGGCACACAGAUUCCUCAUACUGGACCCUUUCUGGAACAGAACAAGAGUCUCAUAGAGAAAGCAGAACAGAAAUAGAGACAGUUGACAAGAAUAAUUCAGGAAUGUGGAAUCACAGUGCAGCAGAUGUAGAUUUUACAGCAUAUAGUGAUUUUAAACAGAGUGACAGGGUCUGUAAGUCGGGUAGCCCCAUGAAGCUUCGCUCCCCAGAGAAGCCGGUCCUUCCAAAGAAGCCGGAUCUUUGCAUUCUGGGUCUCACGCCGUCCCCUGAGGCCAGACAAGGACCAGUUGGAUGGAAGAGCAACGGACAAAUCCCAGCACCUUCUCCUGGGUUCAACAACCAAUCACAGCUUCCCGUUAAUUCCUCUUGCUCACCUUCGCACACACACCUGACCCACAGUAUCCAGUCGCCAAAGCACUUGAAAUGCACCACUGUUGACAAGUCGACUGCCGACAUCGUCGCGUACUCACCUGCUGGUUCUCCUCACAGGCAGAAGCCACCGAUUCUGCACAAGAAGCCAGAUCUCUCAUUGGCCUCACCCAAAACAACCAAACCACUAUUUGUGUCUAGAAAUACAGGGGAGGCAUCCAAAGGUACCUCUGGGACCUGUGGAACCCUGACUCAGAGCACCACAGGGACCCGUAGCACCUUAGGGACCUUGGGCACCUCUGCAUUCGUGGAUACCACAACAGCUGAAAACACCUUAAAUGGGACUGUGGGUACCUAUGUGAACUGUGGUACCUCAGAAACUUGGGACGCCAUGGAGACCAGUAGCACCUUAGGGACCAUGGGCAUCUAUGGGAACUGUGGUACCUCAGGCAUCAUGGGUAUCUCAGAGACCUGGAGUAUCAUAGGUUCUCCCAGCACUAUCAAUGGGACCAUGAGUACUUUGGAGAACUGUGGUACCUCAGGAACAUUGGGAACCGCAGAGACCUGUAGCACCUUAGGGACCAUGGGCAUCUAUGGAAACUCUGGUCCCUCAGGAAUCAUGGGUAUCUCAGAGUCCCGAAGUAUCAAAGGGACUCUACACUAUGGUACCUCAGCAACAAUCGGAACCUCAGAGACCUUUGGGAACUCAGGGGCCCAUGCUGCUACUUCCACCCAGACAGGCAGCGGCAAACCUGGAACAACAGACCCCACUAGUGCUGGGAUCAUCCAGACAAGACUUUAUAACGAUGACAAGGAAACAUUUCUUAAGAGGAUGAUGAGGUCAUCGCUGGCUGGAGAGGAAGAGGACGAGAAGGAGAGGGUGAAGGAGAGAGGGAUGAAGAUGACAAUGAUGAUGCCAUCCACCACUAGGAAGAAAGACAAAACAAGAAAGAGGAGGAAGAGGAGGCCAGGCAGACAACUGCUAAUGAUGUCAACAACAAUGAAGCCUUCUCCCUCUUCAUCAUCAUCUUCGUCUUCAUCAUCUUCAUCCUCAUCUGGAGACGAACGAGAUUUGAUGAAAGAGAGAACGAUGCAAACGAGGAUGAUGAAAGUAUGUGAUCAAGACACAAGUGACUCUGAAAGCUCCUGCACUCUGAUUGGUCAGAGCAAGUACUCCCUGAGCAGUGCGCUGUCCACCGACAGCCUGCGGGGGGAGCUGUCUCUCCCAGACCUCCUGAUACAGGAAGAAGAGGAAGAGAGGAGCGUGGUGGCCAGGGAAGCAGCAGACAGGAGAAGGCAGGAGGUGAAGGAGGCCAGAGGACCUCCAGAUGCUGAUGUGUUCGUCAGUGUUUCGGCAGAUCAGAUGUUUAUCUCCGGUCGACCGCGAACCACAGAGGAUCUGUUCGCUGUUAUCCACAGGUCUAAGAGGAAGAUGUUAGGAAGAAGGGACUCCGAGGACGACCGACAUCAUUCCUCUUCCUCCUCCUCUUCCUCCUCGCCUCCGGUCACCCCCACUGACCCCCCGUCCGGCCCGACGCGACCCGCAACCUUCAAAAGUCAAAGAUUGUCGAGGAGCGAAAGCUUUAAAGCUCUCUUGCUGAAGAAGGGUAGUCGCUCCGAUUCGUCCUCUCGAAUCUCUGCUGUCGAGCGGCUUUGCGUAGUUUCUUCUCCUGCAGCCGCCACCGACCUCCAGAGUGCACCGCCGCUGCACACCGCCCCCACAACCCACGCCUCGGACACGUGUCACAUUAACACCCACCUGACUCAGGAUGUCCCGGUGUCGCCCUCCUCUCCGUGUCCUCAGAAAUCCUCCAUGAUGCUCAGAUGGAGGCAACAGGAUCUGAUGCACAACCACCUCCUCCUCACCUCCUCCUCCUCCUCCUCUUCCCCCUUCUUCUUCCUCUCCUCCCCCUCCGUGCGUCCUCGCUCCCUCACUCCACCCUGCUCUUCCAGCAGACGCUUUGCUGCUCGCUGCCACCUCUACGCCGCCCCCAUGACCGCCAUCUUUGAAGUAGAGAGCGAGGAGGAAAAGGAGGAAGAGGAGGAAGACGACGAGGUUUUUCUCGAGUCUCCAGGAGCUGAAGGAGAGUUGAGGCAGAGAUUGGUCGUUUCUUGAUGGACGAGUCAAAGGUUAAAACCCUGGUUUCAACAGGAACUCAACGGAGGGUCGCUCUGAUUCUAAACCUCGUCCUCAAAUCCAAAGACCAAUAAAAUCCUACCUGAAUGUGACGAUGUCUGGGUCUCCUACAGAUCCUCAUCAGGUUUAAAUCUGGGCUGCCUCAGCAAACUGAACUGGAUCGGACUGAACUGGAUUAGACUGCGCUGUAUCGGACCUCAUGGCGGUCUGGGGCAUUUAAAUGAAUGUACUGAAGCACACUCUGAUAAAGGAAAUGUCUUUAGUCGCUACACUGAUGAGUCUAAACUACAGAAGCCUGAAAAGGACUGAAUUAUUCUUAUUUAUAAGAAAACAAUGUUAAUCUCCAGUUAAUGUACUUAAAUUUAUUAUAUUGCCUUUGUAUCUUUGCUUGAUUUAGCUUUGUCUUUUUUUACUACUUGCGUAGAUACUGAACAUUUAUUAUACGUGUUAUUUUGUCGUCUCUCUGGUUUAAUGUAGCAAACACAACUUAUAACCAAAGACGACAUUAGUUUAAAUCUGAAACUGAUUCGAGAUCUUGACAUUAAAAACUGUUUUUCUUGAGAUCACAGAGUGAAUGCUACAAUAAAUAAUAAUAAUAAUAAUAAUAAUAAUAAUAAUAAUAAUAAUAAUGUAAGUUCUUAUAUUUUAAAGUUUUCCCCAAAGUUCUCUGACUUUGUUCUUACAGAUAAAGAUAAAAAAACGUUUACAAAACUAAACAAUGACCCUUCCGAAGCCCCGCCCCUUUUUGGUAAGCCUCUGUCAACUUCCACCUUUCCUGUACUUAGAUAUGCUACGUGCUAAGCUAAUCUAUGUUGAAAAGACAUUUUUUGAAGAUGGUUAAAAGAUAAAAGACAUUUUUCUACAGAGCAAAACAUUCAUUCGUUAGCGAGCUAGUCUAGUUACAUCUAAAAGCUAUUGUUAGCUGGCUAGCUAGCUAAUUUACAUCAAACGUUAGCUAGUUAGCUAUGGUUUUGCUAAUGUUAGCUUACUUAAGAUGCAGGAAAGGAGAAAGCUAACCGAAGCGUGUUCAACUGCUAUUGGAGCACAGAGCAAAAAGGGGUGGGGCUUAGGAAGGAUGAGUUCUAAUGAUAUCAAAUCAUUGAUCGCUAUCAUUUUAAUAUUCUGAUAUUUAAUCAGCAUUCUGCUUCUAUUGGCUUUAAUUUGAAUUGAGCUGUUUCUGAUUUGACUCUUUCUCUUUUUUAACACAUUAUUCUUCAAAUUAAUCUGAAUUAAUGUGGAAUAUUUACACAGUUAUAACUAAUAAUUUGUGUACAGUCCCUCACAUUAAAUCUCAGUUUAUCCCCAUAAAACAUAUACAUCUGGAUGCAUUUUAUUAUUAUUAUUAUCUCAGCAGCUUCGGUUCUGUUUCACUUUGACUCCACAUGUACAACUAAAGUCUGUUUUUUUACUGACUGUAUGAUUAAUAAGGGAUAUGUAGUUUGUCCUGUACUGUAAAUAAUUCAUCUUCUCCUUUCUGCUGCUGCUGGAUCUUUUCAUGGAGCCUCAAAUCUUUUUCUUUUUUUUUUAAUUAAACACAGUAGCAGAUAGUAAGACGACGUAACUUCUUAUGGUGGAACUUUAGAAACAUAAUAAUCUUCUUUGUGCGAAUGUAAGAGGUUCAGAUUUACUCUAUUAAUCAUAAAAUAAAAACCAUUUAACUGGAAUUACGAAGGCAGAAUGAAAGAGAUCAAUAAGAGAAAUUCUGAAUGAAAAGUGUUUGUAUGUAACAACUGGAAGCAUUUAAAUAAAGGAAACUGAGGAGAUGGA